AUGAAUCGACUUAAUCUCAGAAGGAUAAUCUACAAAACAAUAUGUAGCUACAGUACCAAGCCUACAUCACCGCCUGCUGUCCUCAGUAAAAUUAGGCAAGAUUUGGUCAGUGCUAUGAAAAAUAAAGACUCAAAUAGAUCAACAGUCUUAAAAGGCCUUCUCACCCAAGUCUUAAACGCAUCCAAAACAGAAAGGCCCGUUCACACCGAGCUUCAGAUGUUGGGGCUCCUAAAUCGCACGAUAAAGGAGAGCCAAAAAGCCACUCAGGAAUUUAAAGCAGCUGGACGAGACGAACUAGUCGAAAAAGAAGAGGCCCAGAUCAAUGUAUUGGAAGAAUACGCUGGCUUAAUAAAAGUUAAAGAUGAGAAAGAAAUUGAAACCUGGGUUCAAGGAGUAAUAGCCAGAAUGACACAAGAGGGUACCAAAUUAACAGUAGGAGAAGUACUGAAGACAUUAUUUAGUUCUGAGGCUUUGGAAGAGAAACCAGCCGAGAAAGGAAAGGUUGUAAAAAAAGUGAAUCAAAUUCUCAACGCAAGCUCAAAGCAGUAG